AUGACCCAAAAGAUCGAGUCGGAGCACGUCAUCCGGCUUUCCAUGGACGGCCGCCUACAAGCUGCUGCUGCUCAAGUGGCUGCAUAUCGAGGUCGUCCCUUGCACCUCCCACGUGCUGGACUUGCUGACGGGGGACAUCGGCAAGCUAAAGAGGGCGCAGGCACUGGUCGACCAAGCAAAAGAUAUGACCACGUUCCCUCGCAUCCACCAGUGGGCGCACGCUUUUCCUGUGGAGUCCCGGGUUGCACGGCGGGAAGACGCUGUAGGCAUUGCGACCAACGGCUUACACGGAUGGUGGUGCACGACGAUUCAAAGGCGAGGGGGAAGAAGGCGGCAGAAGAGCAGUUCGAGGGGUGGAUGAUGGAGGGGAUAUGGUGGAAGAAGGUGGAUAUCUUUUGUAAAGGUCGUGGAGCUGCUGCCCCUCAUGGUGAUGAAGAGGACAGAUUCGGCGGCAAAGGGGCUGAUAGGAGUGAUCUACAACAUCAUGCUACAGCUGACGGAGGAGUUGACGACGCCGUUGGAGGGCGAGGAGUGACGCUUGAGCGAGGAGGAGAAGGAGGUAAUACAGGAUCCCUUGAGGACUCGUUUGGAUAA